UGAGCCGCCUUGCGCCUCCGUGAGGGGACCCGAGGCAGCCGUGAGCCGCCUUGCGCCUCCGUGAGGGGACCCGAGGCAGCCGUGAGCCGCCCUGCGCCUCCGUGAGGGGGAGCGGCCCCUCCGGUAUAGUAUGAACUAGACACUCACACAUCUUUUCAGUGUAAAGGCCCUGUAUGUGUCAGAAUGGAUGGACGUCAUGCUAACAACCAUUAAUUAAUAGUAACAUACAUCAGCAGAUGAUGCAGAAGAAAGGGAGUGAGUGGACUUGAUGGGUGCUACCUCCAGUACAAGCUGCCAUCAGCAUUAGUGUAUUUUAACAGGGUGCACUAAAGGAAAAUGCUGGCACAGGCUGCCUAGGACAGUGGUGAAGUCACCAUCCCUGGAAGUGUUCAAAAUACUUGUGGAUGUGGCACUUGGGGACAUGGUAUAGCGAUGGCCUUGGCAGUGCUGCAUUCAUGAUCUAAAAGGGCUUUUCCAACCUUUAUAAUUCUGACCCUAUAAAACGUGAGAAGGAAAGGAGGAGAGGCUACCCAAUUUCCAUCAUUUGGUGUUAAAUUUUAAAGAAGGGAAACACUACUAACACUUUUCAGUUAAUUCACCGUAUCUGAAGGCAUGAAAAAGCAGGGUCCACUGGGUCUACCUGCAGCUGAAGGGCACUAAUGAGCAGCUAUUACUUAUUUGGCUAAAUCCUGUAACCCGAGUCUUCGUGGUGCACACAGGAGACGGGUGAAUGCUGCUGGAUAAGAGCCUCAAGCAGCCACACUAAAGAUUUGAUGAAAUGCUCCUAUUAUGAUACUUUGCAGCCUGGAGAAGUUGGUUACCUGAUCCUCUGCUGUACCUGAGCCUCAUUGUUGCAGCUUUUAAUAACUGAAUAUCCAGGCGACCUUUAAAGGUGCCUUUGAGGAAAGAGCUGACAAGAGUCAGUAUUCCCAGCUCAAAAUGGGCAACAAGCAAACCAUUUUCACUCAAGAGCAACUGGAUGCCUAUCAGGACUGCACAUUUUUCACCAGGAAAGAAAUUCUGAGGCUGUUCCACAGGUACCGAGAUCUGGCCCCGCAGCUCGUUCCCCUUGACUACUCGGACAAACCAGCCGUGACACUGCCCUACGAGCUCAUCGGCAGCAUGCCAGAGCUCAAGGACAACCCAUUCCGCCAGCGGAUAGCUGAGGUGUUCUCGGAGCACGGCGACGGCAACAUGACUUUGGAUGAUUUUUUGGACAUGUUUUCUGUGCUAAGUGAAAUGGCUCCCCGAGACUUGAAAGCUUAUUAUGCUUUUAAAAUUUAUGACUUCAACAAUGAUGAUUACAUAUGCAAAUCAGACCUGGAGAAAACUGUUAACAAAUUAACCCGAAAUGAACUGACCCCGGAAGAAGUCAGCCUUGUGUGUGAAAAGGUGAUUUACGAGGCUGAUGUGGACAACGAUGGCAAGCUGUCCUUGGCAGACUUUCAGCAUAUGAUUGUACGAGCUCCAGAUUUCCUCAGCACCUUUCAUAUUCGAAUCUAAAUCUAGUCAGCCACGGGGAUGGGAGUGCUGCUGGGACUUUGAACAACUCUCACUCCACCUGUGAUUACCAGCCAUGGGAGCACAAGAUGAGAGGGGCAAAGAGGACAACUUCUGGUAACUGAACCACUCAGAAUAGUGUCUUUCAUUUAUCUCUUUAAAAGGAACAAUUCAUUAAGCUCUUCAUCAGGUUUUCCCUGUAAUCUAGCAAAAUGUCUACUCCUCACCCUCAGCUAGAGCAGACCUGGCCUGGACAGUCAGAAGGGAAGUACUUUUUUAAAAGUUCAGGUACCACCUGGUAGUAAAGAAACUUGUAUCAAACUAUAACCUCUAAAAAUUCACCCAAAAAUGCCUUAACCAGUAAAAAAAAAUCCCUUUAUUUCAAAAACAUAAGUCCUCUGAUUAUUUAUGGUUUUAAUAAAUGGUCCAGUGAAUCAAUUCCUGAAGUAUU